AAUGAUGAUGUCAGAUAUUUAGAUAAUAUGGUGUUAGAGUCUGAGGAUAAUUAUUUGUAUGAGCCUGAGGAUGUUGAUUUGAAUGAGCCUGAGAAUUCUGAUUUGGAUGAGCCUGGUGGUGUUGAUUUGGAUGGGUUCGAAUCUGACAAUACGGAUAGUAAUGAUAAUAAUGAAGAUUAA